UCCCCCACCCAGUGUCUCCCCACCUCCGUUGGGGCUCCGCCCCCACGCCCAGGUCCAGCCGGCUCGCUCCGGUCCGGGGCCGUCCCCGCCCCGUCGGCCCGGUGUCCGCUUUGCGGCACCGCAACCCUCCGCACCCCUGCGAACAUGGCGCUGCGCGCGGCACGGAGUGUGCGGAUCGUCGUCUGCAGCCUGCGCGCGGCCUCGGCGCCCGCCACGUCCUGCCCGCGGCGGCCCUGGGGGCUGGGGACUGGCGCUGUUCGGACGCUGCGCACCGGCCCCGCUCUGCUCUCGGUGCGGAAAUUCACAGACAAACAUGAAUGGAUAACAACAGAAAAUGGUAUUGGAACAGUGGGAAUCAGCAAUUUUGCACAGGAAGCUUUGGGAGAUGUUGUUUACUGUAGUCUACCCGAGGUUGGGACAAAAUUGAACAAACAAGAGGAGUUUGGUGCUUUGGAAAGUGUGAAAGCUGCUAGUGAACUUUAUUCUCCUCUGUCAGGAGAAGUAACAGAAAUUAAUGAAGCUCUUGCAGAGAAUCCAGGACUUGUCAACAAAUCUUGUUAUGAAGAUGGUUGGCUGAUCAAGAUGACACUGAGUAAUCCUUCAGAACUUGAUGAACUAAUGAGUGAAGAAGCAUAUGAGAAAUAUAUAAAAUCUAUUGAAGAGUGAAAAUGGAACCCCUAAAUAAACUAGUCUGAAACAGUAUAAUCCAGCAAUAUUUUAAAUUACUGGUGGAUAAAAAUUUAUAAUAGCAACUUUUAGCAAUACCAUAGGAAAACAGAAACUACUUGUUCCAACUAUGCUAUUGAAAGAAAAUACCCCUUAACUUUCUAAUGAUAGCAGGUAAACACAAUCUGCAUCUUUUUCAUAUCACCCAGUGAUUUAGACCAGGAUCUAGUUGUUAUUUUCAGAAUCCAUGAAAUUGUCAGAAGUAAAACUACUUGUAAAAAUUAUGUAAUUCAGUUAAGAUUGUUAUCGUAAGCCUUACAUAAUAUUGUAACUUGCUUACUUGAGUCCCUGGAUUUGGGUCAAAAUGCUUAAUGAUAUAUUCACUGGAAAUAACUGGGAAUAGACUUAAGUUUUUGUUAGUUGUACAGUGUCAGGUGAGAAACAGUAGUAUCGUAACUUCCCAGUAUACCACAUUUGCUGGUGCUAUUUUCAUACAAUGAAGCAACAGCCUUAGAGCAAAACAAGACACCCUUUAAUAACAAUAAAACAUUCAGCUUCUCCAUUAAUCAUGCAUUUUGUUUUGGUGUUAAAUGUUUCACUCAGUGAUUCUGCUACUAUUUGUGGAAAUGGUAAUUUAGUCAAAAUCUGAUAUUUUUUUUGAGUAAAGAUCUAACUGCCCGAUAACUUUAAGUACUUAUUUUUGUUAUCUUUGGUAUAAUCAAAAAUAAAUAAUGACUUUGGUUUUCUGUCCUGCUAGGUUAAAAGAAGACAAGGAAAGGUGAAAAUUUUGGUCAGCAAAACACAUGGCAGUCUUAAGAAGUUAAACGGUAUUCAGGUUUUCACUUAAGAAAGGAGAAUCAAAAUGGACACAGUGAAGCUUUAUGAGCUCAGAUACUAAGAUAAUGAAUAUUGUCUUAGCUUAAGUAUAUAAGUUAAAGUGCCAAAUGUGAUACUUUCCAAGUGGUUAAUAUAGCAUCUCUCUAAGCCAGCUAUAUAGUGUGCUGACACUUUAGGGUAAAAGUUUAAUAUAUACACAAAUACAUACACACAUACAGAUAAAAGAGGCAGAGCCAAAACAGACAAGUUGCUCUCUCAGUUACUGCAGGAAAAAGGAAGUUUCAGAUACCACCCUCUCUUGAUGAAUAAACAGCAAAUAUGAGAACCUGGAGGAAGUAUGUAGGUAAAUAACAUACAAAUCUUUCCUGCUCUUCAGCAAAAGAGAAAAUGAUUCUUGCCAACGUAUUCUGGAUGACUGUCUAUUUCUUUAUGUAAUCAGGUUAUUUUGAUUGUUUGUUUUGGAAAUAGAAAUGGAUGAGUAAUAAUUACAUAGAAUUACUCUUUUGUUCUGAAGCCUGCUCUCAUAUGUUCCCUUAUCUGAUCUUCCCAAAUGAAGCUAGAGCUAGGUAGGACAUAUCCAUUAAUGUUACAUUUAGCAGAUAAGAAAGGUGAUUGGUGGAGUAAGAGAUUUGUUAAAUAACUGGGUGGUCAUGAUUAGAAUUUUAACAUUUCCUGGUCUGUUCUUCAGUUUCCUUAGCAAAUGUUACUCACAAAAAUACUUAAAUGGAAAUCUUAGAAACAAGGAUGAAUUUCUAAAAGUGAGAAGUAGAAAUGGCCUUUCUAGAGUGAAAGUACAUCAGUGAUUGUGGUGUCUUUCUAAAACAGUUAAGGAAUUUUUUUAUUCUCUCCUUUGCAAAGUAAGACACACUUGCUCUGUAACACCCACUCUUAUGAGGUUGUUCAAAGAACAGAAUAUUAUGGCAAAUUGCUUUUUCACUAUUUAGAAUAUAGGCCAGUUCUACUCUCAAUUCUAUCCUAGUGCUGCCAAAAACAGGCUUUGAAGGGCCUUCAAAUUUGACUAAAUGAAUGGGAAAUUUAAUUUUGCAAACCUCAUAUUCCUUUUAAAUAUUUUUGGUCUUAUAUAAUAGGUCAGUAAAGGUUUUGAAGAAUGUCUUCAAUAAUUAAAGCUUAAGAAGUGGAAUAAGUUGCCUCAAAAGUUAAAAUUGUUUUCUUUUAAUUACCCCCCAAGAAGUUUAAAGAAGUUAACAGCAUUAGGUUUUAAUACAUCACUAGAAGGCUUUGCAAUGACAAGCUGCUAUGAAAUGAGGCCAAUGUUCUAGAGCAACUCCCUUUAACAUCAGAAUUUCCUAACUUCAUGGACUCCUGGGAGAGUAACAAAUUCCACCCUUAUGAAAGAGGAAAACUGAAACCCACAAAGGUGAAGUGAUUUGCUUAAGUCUCCAUAAGGCCAAGUGCUUGGAUGGAAGGGGUAGGGGCUGUCUUCUGCUUUGUUUAUGCUAUUUGCUUAUUAGUUUUAUUGUCAAGGAACUCAGCUAAAAGUUCACAUUUGCUAAAGGAGGUCAAAUAGUUUUGCAGAUUAUAAUAAAUCAGUUAUAAAUCUUUUUAUUUGUAAGUAUAUUUGUAUAGAUUUUAAUGUUGCCUUACAAUUUCUAAUCUUCAAUAAGUUGAUUUGUGUGAAUGAUAGAAGUGAUCUGAAUAGCAAAUCAAAAUACAUUUGACAGAAAAAAGAUAAAUGGGACUUCAUCAAAAUUAAAAACGUUUAUGCAAAAAAAAAAAGACUAUCAAUCAAGUAAAAAGUGACAUCAUCAACGUGGUAACGGAAGACACCCGC